AUGGAUUUACGUUCCGAACAAAUACCCUCAAAAGAUGGCAAGUAUAACGGGCAAAAAUACUGGUCUAAUGCUAACUAUAAACAUGACUUAAAACUAGACGAUAAUGGAAUGCAUAAUGCAUCAGAUAAUCAUGCUGGAAAUAUGACUACGUUUAUAUCAGUUCCAAGCAGUUCCGCUCAGCAAAACUAUUCGGGCAGACCUCAUAAGCAAGAAACAAUACGUGAUUCACAAAAAAAUAGACUUCACACUUACAACUCUUCGAACAGAAGGCAAAAUUCAUCAUUUGAAAACUGCUAUGAUGUCUACAACAAUUCUAGUACAGCGUUUGAGUUCAUCGAUAAUCUUGGGCGAUAUCUUAGUUCACGUAUACCUCCUUGCAUUUUCAAUCUACAAGAUUGCCCAUCAAAUCCAAUGAUUCCAACCUAUCUCAUUGUAAUGGGAUGCUUGUUUAUUAUCUGGGCAGUUGUCCGAGGCUUUGCAUGUUGUUCAAGCGCACGUGAAAAUACUUCAUUGGGCGCGGAUCUACUGUGUAAACUGAUCGAAGGGUUUUUAUUGGUGUCAUUCAUUGCUUGGCUUUUAAUAGGUACAUAUGCUUAA